CCCUCACCUCUAAUUAUAAGACUCUUUGAGAUCAGUUUAGCUAUACAGAGACAAAGCCUAAUUACAAUGAAAGGAGGAGCUCAUUUCCUUGUUGGUUUUGUCCUUCUGGCUUUGGCUUCAUCAUUUGCCUCUGCCUAUGACCCUAGUCCCCUUCAAGACUUCUGCGUGGCCAUUAAGGACGCCAAGGAUGGCGUCUUUGUCAAUGGAAAAUUCUGCAAGGACUCAAUGCUUGUAACAGCAAAUGAUUUCUCCUUUUCGGGUCUUAAUAUUGCUGGAAACACAUCAAAUCAAGUUGGAUCAAAUGUAACUCUCUUAAAUGUUGAUAAAAUACCAGGACUCAACACUCUUGGUAUAUCCUUAGCUCGUAUUGAUUUCGCACCAUAUGGAGGUCUAAACCCACCCCACACUCAUCCUCGUGCUACAGAAAUUCUAAUAGUCUUGGAAGGCACCCUGUAUGUGGGCUUUGUGACAUCAAACCCCAAUCGCCUCAUUACCAAAGUUCUAAAUGCAGGAGAUGUUUUUGUGUUUCCAAUUGGUCUCAUUCACUUCCAAUUCAAUAUUGGAAAAACUAAUGCAGUAGCUAUUGCUGCAUUGAGCAGUCAAAACCCAGGAGUCAUCACAAUUGCAAAUGCAGUGUUUGGAUCAAAUCCACCAAUUAACCCUGAUGUUCUCACAAAGGCAUUCCAACUCGACAAGAAUGUGGUGAACUAUCUUCAGAAACAAUUCUAGACCAACAAGAACAACCGUUAGUUAAGGAGUCACAUAAACAGCAUUGUGAUUGACAUCAUAUCUGUCAAGUUUUUAUAUUAUUGUUACAAUUACCAUUGUUGUAAUAUAAUAAGGAGCAGAUUAUCUCCAUAUUGAUUUUGGAUUUGGGUUUUAAA